UUGCUUUCGUUAAAAAUGGUUUUCAGUACAAUAAUAGUGACGUCAGCCUUGAAGGGUGCUAUUAGCUUGAUGGGUACAGGUUUAUGGCUAGUGCCAUUGUUAAUCGCGGGCCUCUCUUAUUAUCAUUAUGAUCAAUUAGAUCCCGAAAGUCGUCCUAUCGAUAGAUAUCCUCUAUAUUCUAAUUAUGAUUUCAUUGUGGUUGGCGGUGGAUCAGCGGGAGCAGUAGUUGCCAGUCGGCUCUCAGAGAUACCUGACUGGAACGUGUUAUUAUUGGAAGCUGGUCCGGAUGAAAAUGAAAUCACGGAUGUGCCAUCUCUGGCCGCGUAUCUGCAACUGACCAAACUGGAUUGGAAAUAUAAGACUGAACCCACGGGUAAGGCUUGUCUAGCUAUGAAAGGUGGCCGUUGCAACUGGCCACGUGGUAAAGUUUUAGGCGGUAGUAGUGUUCUUAAUUAUAUGUUAUACGUACGCGGUAAUAGAUAUGAUUACGACCAUUGGGAGUCGCUAGGCAACUCUGGCUGGGGAUAUAAGCAAGUUCUUUAUUACUUCAAAAAAUCGGAAGAUAAUAGAAAUCCAUAUCUACAGAAGAGUCCCUAUCAUGCAACUAAUGGUUAUUUAACAGUUCAAGAAUCGCCAUGGAAGACACCUUUGGUAGUCGCUUUUAUUCAAGCGGGCGUUGAAAUGGGAUACGAGAAUAGAGAUAUAAAUGGCGAACGACAAACAGGAUUUAUGAUAUCUCAGGGAACUAUUCGUAGAGGAAACAGAUGCUCCACCGCAAAGGCUUUUCUACGACCUGUUCGAUUGCGUAGGAAUAUUCAUACGGCUAUAAAUAGCCAUGUAACGAAAAUCAUAAUCGAUCCAUUGACAAUGAAAGCAAUAGGCGUCGAAUUCGUCAGAGACGGUCGCAAACAGAUGGUGAGAGCGCGGAAGGAAGUAAUAUUAUCAGCAGGUGCCAUCAAUAGUCCUCAAAUACUGAUGUUGUCGGGAAUCGGACCAAAGGAGCAUUUACGGCACAUCGGUAUUCCUGUUAUUAAAGAUCUUCGGGUCGGCGACAAUCUUCAAGAUCACGUAGGCAUGGGCGGUUUGACAUUCCUAAUCGAUAAACCAGUUGCUAUAGUUCAGGAUCGUUUUCAAGCGGCUCCGAUGACGAUGCACUACGUGGUCAAUGGCAGAGGUCCCAUGACGACCUUGGGUGGUGUUGAAGGUUACGCCUUUGUUAAUACAAAAUAUGCUAAUUAUUCGAUAGACUAUCCGGAUUUGCAAUUUCACAUGGCGCCAGCUUCUAUUAAUUCUGACGCGGGAGUACAAGUUCGGAAAAUUUUUGGAUUGACAGACGAAGUGUAUAACACUGUAUACAGGCCGAUUACCAACAAAGACGCUUGGACUCUUAUACCUGUGUUGUUGAGGCCCAAAUCUCGUGGCACUAUACGAUUGAAAAAUUCUAAUCCCUUCCACAGUCCUCUUAUCAACGCAAAUUACUUUUCCGAUCCAAUGGACAUCGCUGUUCUGGUAGAAGGUGUGAAAAUUGCCAUUAAAAUCAGUGAAGCAAAAGUCUUCAAGCAAUUCGGUUCGAGAAUUCAUCGUAUCAAGUUGCCAGGAUGUAAACACUUCAAGUUCGGUUCGGAUGCCUAUUGGGAAUGUCAUAUUCGACAUAUUUCUGAAACAAUUUAUCACCCUGUUGGCACUGCCAAGAUGGGACCGCCAACCGAUCCUACAGCUGUAGUAGAUCCAAGAUUAAGAGUUUAUGGUAUUACGGGUCUUCGAGUCAUCGAUGCGUCUAUCAUGCCAACAAUAAGCAGUGGCAAUACAAAUGCUCCUGUUAUUAUGAUCGGCGAGAAAGGUGCCGAUCUCAUCAAGCAAGAUUGGUUGCGAUCAUCAUCGGGAAAUAAUCACGAAAUAUAUAUAUUCAGACACUCAGAUGCAGUUCUCUUAUUAUAUGUGCACCACUCGACACGUUGCAUUCGCUUAAAUAUGUUGAGCAAGCUGCAGAUAGUCCUUCGCCUUCUUAGUAUCGCUGCAAUGAUUGUUUUGAUACAAUCAAACAUGCAAUCUUCAUCGAAACGGUUUCGUCAUCUGUACAGCGAUGAUGUGAAUAUAUCGAAUUUAACAAAUGUGUUCAGAGCGAUUGUCGGACUUUUGAACUUUUUGGACCAGGGUCAACGUUAUUUAAAUAAGGAAUUACCGGAUAUUACCCCUAAAUUCGGAGAUGUAUACGAUUUUGUGGUGAUUGGUGCCGGUACGGCUGGUGCUGCGAUAGCCGCGAGAUUGAGUGAAAUUUCUCAGGUCAAGGUAUUAUUGAUCGAAGCUGGAUCUAAUGAGAAUUUGAUCAUGGACAUUCCGUUAGCCGUUCACUUUCUACAACUAAAUAAUGACGUUAAUUGGAAGUAUCGAUCCAAGCCAUCCAACAAAUAUUGUCUCGGUAUGAACGACAACAGUUGUAACUGGCCGAGGGGAAAAGUGAUGGGCGGCAGCAGCGUGUUAAACUAUAUGAUUGCUACCAGAGGCGGCGCCGAAGAUUACGAUCGCUGGGCUAAAAUGGGAAAUGAAGGUUGGGCUUACAAAGACGUCCUCAAAUACUUCAAGAAAUUGGAAACAAUCGACAUUCCGGAAUUGAAAUCGGAUACUAUAUAUCAUGGAAAAAAGGGACCAUUGAACAUCGCUUACCCACCUUUUCAUACAGUAUUAGCAGAAGCUUUCUUAAAAGGUGGCAAAGAGCUAAAAUAUCCUACAGUAGAUUACAACGGAAAGGAUAUAAUAGGAUUUUCAUAUUUGCAAAGCACGAUUAAAAACGGUAUGCGCAUGAGCAGUAAUAGAGCAUACCUAUACCCUAUACAUGAUAGCAAAAAUCUUCACGUGACUCAAAAAAGCAUGGUGAGAAAAGUAUUAAUAGAUCGUCGUACAAAUCGAACGAUUGGUGUAGAGUUUACUAAAUAUGGUCGGAUUAUAUCCGUAUUCGCAAAGAAAGAAGUAAUAUUAUGCGCGGGUGCUAUUGGAUCGCCUCAAUUACUAAUGUUGUCCGGCAUUGGACCAGCUGAACAUCUCACCAAACUCGGCAUAGAUGUUGUUCGAAAUGCGCCAGUCGGGGAAAAUUUGAUGGAUCAUGUAUCUUUUGGUGGACUGACAUGGAUAACGAAUGACCUAGAAAGCAUAAAAAUGCAGGACAUAAUCAAUCCUAUGCAUCCAUAUGUAGCGGAUUUUUUAACAAAACAAUCGGGACCAGUUACAAUUCCGGGUGCAUGUGAGGCUCUUGGUUUCAUCAAUACUAAGGAUCCAGAAAAACACAGCGGUUUACCGGAUACAGAAUUAUUGUUUGUUGGUGGUGGUUUCAAAGGAGAUCUUCUUCUUCCGAUUGUAAUGGGUUUGAAUCCCGAAAUGAGUCAAAUAUGGAAUAAAUAUCUCGAUAAACAUGGCUGGACAAUAAUGCCAAUACUGUUGAAACCAAAAAGUCGUGGACGGAUAAGAUUAUUGGCUAAUGAUGUUAAUGUUAAACCUGAGAUUGUGCCAAAUUACUUCGAUGAUGUGGAGGAUAUCGAGACGAUGAUUGCUGGUAUUAAGGUUGCGAUAAAAAUCGGUCAAACGAAGGCGAUGCAGAUGUUUGAUUCGCAAUUGUCUAAUGAUACUUUUCCCGAAUGUGAAGGUUACACUUAUGAUUCCUUUGCUUAUUGGGAAUGUGCAAUCAGAACGAUUUCUUGUACUAUGUAUCAUUACUCCGGUACUUGUAAGAUGGGGCCGAGAGAGGAUCCAACUGCUGUCGUCGAUCCUAAAUUAAAGGUAAUCGGUGUUCAAGGAUUGAGAGUAGCAGAUGCAUCUAUCAUGCCUGAAAUUAUAGCGGGGCAUACAAACAUACCUACUUAUAUGAUUGCCGAAAAACUAGCAGAUAUGGUUAAAGAAGAAUGGGGAUACUUGAAGAAGUGACAAUCGUAAUAUUUCACAAAACAGUUAUACCAAUUUUCACGCGUAAUAUGUUGUAAACAA